UUUGGAAAAGGCACCGUAUUCCGACCUUUCCAUCCCGGCGCACGUGCUCCAGGUGUCCAUCUCGGAAGGUCAAGUGGAAGAAGCGGACGGCGCUGAACUGUUAGCGAUCUACGCACAGAAGCUUGCCCAAAUGCUUGCGCCCGGACAGAAAGCGGCUCAAGAUUUGGCCACGAUCUCGAUGUUUGCUGCCUUCCUGCUAUUGUACGCGGUUUUUUUCUUCGCCGGGGUUGCCGUGGAGCUCCUCCUCUGCGCCUGCUAUCAGCAAGAGCGAGAUGACCUGAUGAUGUGGUACGCGUACGACAAGAUGGAGGGGGACAAGCACAAGCUCGCAGUCAGCUUCUGUUGUGACGCUGUCUUGGAUCAUAGUCUGGGUGACGGAGACGAACUCGAUGCGUGGUAUGCCGACGGGGACGAGACCACGGCAAGCGAGACGUCUUCCACGAGCGUUACCACCUGGAUGUACUUGUCACAUGGACGGUACGAGCGGGUCGUGAGACAUAUUUAAAAUCCGAAGCAUUCAAUUCCGAAAGUUUACCGACCUUUCUAUUAUUUUGAUCAAUUUGAAUUUUCCAAAACGAUUUUUUCAUUUCUCGCCGAGCCAGUUUUUUGUUAUGUGAUAGUGACCACGACAAAACUUGUUUCUGAUUCCUUGUUGCACAAUUUUUGUUUUCCCACACUGCGUCGAUCUGUUUGUCUUUCACUGAUCUAGCCUGAUUUUUUGCGUUUCGAUUUUCAUGUACAGCGAGUUGAAGCUUCAACAUUUUUCCGUUUGAUCACUGCUCACACGUUCGCUUGUUGCGAGGUUUUCCUAUCACUUUAGAAGAAAAAGCAUUGCGCGCUCGAUGAAAUAUCUACGAUCUGAUGACAAUAAGUGCGAGUUAAUAUUUUACGCUUUUUCACUUUGAGUUUUCCGAAUACUUAGAUUCGCUACGUUCAUAUUCAUCAUGUAUUUCAUGCACCAGUACGCCGCCCCUGGAUGGUGGUACAGAGCUCCAGCUUGAAAGGAAGAAAAGUUUGAAUCAUGUAUAUACGUUAGUAUCUGGCAGUUUUUUCGUGCUAAAUUUCAGAUGGGCAAUUGAAAAG